GUUUGCAGACACAGUAUAGUGAGACAGUAGUUGCAGUAAGUGGUGACAUGGCGAACUGUACAGUAUAUCUACUCUGUCUGCUCUUUGGAGUCACAUAUGUGCAGGCUGACUCCUGGGAGACGCAGUUGCUGGCUAACCUGACAGCGGACCAUCAGCCGGAGGCGCGGCCGGUGCUGAACCACACUCACGCCGUCUCCGUCACUAUAGACGUCGCGCUGGCGCAGAUCAUAGCCGUGGAUUCAAGAAAUCAGCAGCUUCUUACCAGCUUAUGGAUUCGAAUGUACUGGACGGAUGAACUGAUGACAUGGAAUCCGGCUGAUUGGGGCGACACCACUGCGAUCAGGAUCGGUAGUGAGAAGAUAUGGCGUCCUGACAUACUGGUGUACAAUAGCCUGCUGCCGUAUGACAGUAAUUUCGAAGACUCGGAGGCCACGAUCUACUCGGACGGCAGUGUGGCCUGGCUGUUCCCACUGACCAUGCUGUCCACCUGCUCUAUCGACGUGACGUAUUUCCCGUACGACGAGCAGACGUGCAGUAUGCAGUUCGGCUCCUGGUCCUUUGACGGACUCAGAGUCGACAUAUAUAACAAAUCUGCCACCGGAGACAUCGGUAGCUACAAAAUCAACGAAGAAUGGGAACUGGUGACCUUUAAUGCCCGGCGUGACGUGUUCCUGUACUCCUGCUGCCCCGAGCCCUACCCCAGCGUGACGUUCAACGCCUUUCUCAGGAGGAGAUCUCUCUUCUACAACGUCAACGUCAUCGCGCCGUGUUUCCUCUUCGUAAUGGUCAGGUAA